ACUUGUAUCUUUGUACCUCAGUUACCUUUUACUCAAGGUCUCAGUACUUCUGUCAACUUGUGGGCUUCCACAUUCAGCCUGGAAGUCUCAGCUCAGGGGGAAAAACGCCCCUUUUAAAAACCCAUCACUGUAAACCACGCCCACCGGAACUAACUAAGUUUCCCCCGGGAAAGCUCAGCAGCCACAGAAGGAGUUUAUCGAGUGUCGCUAAAGCAAUGGCGAAAAUAACGGACACACUUUUACUGGAGAAAGGCUCCCCAAAAACCAACAAACUGGAGCAAAUCAAGACACUAAAUUUAUCCCGGCUGGGACUGAAGCCUCAGGACUUGCCCGUGAGGCUGCUGUCCCGGCUCCAGUCCCUGGAGCGGUUGGAUCUCUCCGGGAACGGACUGGAGGAGUUACCCAAGAACCUGGAGCUGCCCGCGCUUUGCUACCUGGACCUCAGCGACAACCAGCUGGAGGAUGUCACCACUCUGGAGUCUCUCAGCAGUCUGGAAGAGCUCAAGAUGGAGGACAACCUGUACAUCACUGUGAGUGAUAAUUACAAGCUGAUGGUGUUGUUGCCCAAACUGAGGAUUCACAACGGUAAAGAUGUCAGCACUACUGCCAACCACUUGCGCUAUGUCUACAGUGAGAACCUGAGGACAAGGAUCAUUGCCGUGUGGGAGAAGAGCUUCUCUCUCCCGGAUCCCAUCACAGCGGAGAAAUUGUCCACCUUGAAGAAAAACUUUGUCAACGCCGCCCGUCAGCAGGUUAAAUACGGACCCAGUUCAGUCAGCGACUUCACCAAAUGGAGGGUGGAGAUUAUUGCUAAGGAGUACCUGCGCUCUCUGACGGAACCACAGGGAGAACCGGAGACCAAGGGGUCUGCAGACACGAAGGAGAACUGUGACGUCUCAACGUCUACAAAGAGGAAACAACAUGUGCUAGUUGGCGCCGGCGUAAGCCUGACGCCUCGCAAGAAACUGCGCUCCGACCUCCCGGUCUCCCCGGCCGAAGCGAGUCCUCGCAAAUCCGUCCUGGGCCGCAAACCUCCGACGCUAACCCAGACCAGCGGCGUCAGGAUGAGCCCCCGCAAGAUAAGUCGGCCUCCCGCCACACCCACCGGAGGGCGGGGGAGGGCAGAGGCGCCCGGGAGAGGAUCUGAAGUGGAACAAACCAAAGAGGGCGACGGAGCUCGGAUGCAACGGAAGAACCGAACGGACCGGCAGAGAGACGCUGACCCGCCGUCCAAAAUGAAGAGCUGCAGCAGGAUGCAGCAGCCGGUGUGUCUGAAGCCUCUCCACGUCCUCCAGUGCCACAGUAAACAGGACAGCUCGGAAGACUUCUCUACCCAGCUGUGGGCCUGUGCCUUCCAGCCGCUGCCAGAUUCCACCGGCGCCGGAGGAGGAAGCCGCUUGGUUGCUACCUGUGGUGGAGACUCUCUCUGUGUGAUUGACUGUGAAACCGGGAUGGUGAUGAAGAAGUACAAAGUUCCUGGAGAGGAGUUCUUCUCCCUCUCCUGGUCCACGGUGUUGAUGUCCAGAGGAGGCGGGGCCUCGGCUCAACACUGCAGCAUCGUGGCAGCGGGUGGGAAGAGGGGGCUGGUCAAACUGAUCCACCCCAGAAACAACGUGGCCUACGGAGAGUUCCGGGCCAGCCGCAAGGCGCUGUCGGUCCUCCGCUUCAACCACCACCAGGGAAACUUCCUCUUCACGGGCUCGUAUGAUAAGAAGAUUGUGAUGUGGGACAUCGGUGGCGUGGAUAGCAAGUACAACUACAAAGUAGUUCAGCUGCUUGUGUUGGAGAUCAGCACCACCCCUCUGCACAUCUGCCUCCCCCCCGCGUCCCCCAGCUCACACCUGCUGACUGCCUGCGAGGACGGCCUGCACUGCUACAACACAGUGCUCGGUGCCAACAACAACAACAAGAACAACACCACCACAAAGAGGGCCAAAGAGAUGGAGAUAACGUUCCCUAUAUAUAAGAAGGAAGACAAAGACCAUGACUACCACACCAUUGAUGGCCUUAGUUUUCUCACGGAUGACAUCGUGGCCUCCAAGAACUACAUGCAUUGUUCCAUUUAUUUGUGGAGCUGGAGCAGGACCAAGGCCCAGCGGCCGGACAAGAAGGACAGGGCGGUUUGCGCUGUGGUUCUGGCUGAGCUGCAGUGGGCCAACACUGAUAUCCCCUACCUGGCUCUCAACACCUGCCCAGGCCGAGCCUACAUCGUGUGUGGUGACGACAAAGGCAGGCUGUGGACGUACCACGUCUCCAACUUGCAGAAAAACAGUCUCCACACGGGGAAACCCGUACUUCCCACUGAGGUGCUGGAGUGGCCGACCCUGGUGAGGAAGGACCGCGGACAGGUGGAGGGUCCCUCCAUCAACAGCGUAGCAAUGGACCCCGAGCUCCACUUCCUGGUGGCCCUCAGCGACAAGAACAUGGUGAUCGUGUGGAAGAGAGAGAAGUCCUCCUGAGCAACUCGGUGCUGCGUGGCUGAAACUCACGAUUGGACCGUCAGGUGUUUUUCUAACGGGGAGGAAUAUAGGUCAUUACGAGCUACGGUUUGUUUCCCACAUGCCGCUCUGUCUCAGUUUGAGGAAAAGGGACUUUUAUGUUGUGAGAUCAACAGUAAAAUAACCGUUUUAAUGAGCAGAAUUGUAUCCCAAUAUACAUCAAUGUUGCUGCUGUUGGGAAUAGCAGCCAACAGAAGAGAUUUGUCAAUUGUCGCUAUGUGACACACACUUCUUUUAUUUUAUUUUUUAUGUAGUUGUGUAUUAUUAUUAUAGUCAUUAUCCCCCGAAUGAGCAAACACAAUGGUGAUUAAGCAAAUGGCCCGUCGAUGUGGCUGUGCUGACAUUCCCAGGAAUUCCUGACCCGGUUUGUGUGCAUCUCUGGAAAGUGAAAUCCGAAAACUCAACCUGCAAAUUACUGCUUAUUUUUUUAUAUUGUAGCUUAUAAAAGAUGGAGCCUAUUUUUAAAAACAAAAAAACAACAAAAAAAACACACAUUGCGUUUUAAUUGAGUGCCUUCCUGUUAAAUUAACAUGUACUUUGAAUGUUUGCCAGAAAAUAAAUGCUAACCUUAGCGUUUAAAAAAAAAACUUGAUACGGUGAGACAAAACUGUGAGUCAGGAUGAAUUAAUUCAGUCUUUGGACCUUGCUGUUAAAAGUAACUGUUAUGUAAUGCAAACAGUCCUCACUAAAAAGGUCAACACUGCUGUGUAGAAAAGCAGCCUUCUUACUGGCUGCUGAGUAAAUGCAGUAAAUUGUGUUUCUUCUAUAUUGCGUCUAAUCCUACAGUACUUCUACCGUGUGUGUGUGUUUCUGUGUGCAACUCACCCAUGUGUUGUCAUGAAGUUGUACACAUAUUCUUGAUUUAAUAAAUCAAAUAAUUGCAUUUAAAA